AUGGCACCGAAGCCUGCUUCCACUGCCGGCAAGGCCCCAGCCUCCACCGCCUCUAAGGCCCCUGCUAAGCCCACUGAGGGCGCCAAAUCGGCGAAGAAGACUUCCAAGGCUGCUACUGGGGCUGAGGGUGAGGGCAAGAAGAAGAGAAGAAAGGCUCGCAAGGAGACUUAUUCGUCUUACAUCUACAAAGUCCUCAAGCAGGUACACCCUGACACUGGUAUUUCCAACAAGGCGAUGGCCAUCCUGAACUCGUUUGUAAACGACAUUUUCGAGCGCAUCGCAACGGAGGCGUCGAAGCUUGCUUCGUACUCCAAGAAAUCUACUAUCUCUUCCCGGGAGAUCCAAACAUCUGUCCGCCUCAUCUUGCCAGGAGAGCUUGCUAAGCACGCCAUUUCAGAGGGGACGAAGUCGGUAACCAAAUUCUCCAGUGCAGGGGCGAAGUAG